AGAUAAUCUUGGCCGCAGCAGAUGUCGAAUUCAGCACGGCUCAGCGAGGCCGCAGAAUGUGAGCGAAAAGCUGCGGAAUGUUUGAAAACCUCUGUGAUCAAACUGAAGUUCAAACCGGACUAUGAUGGAGCGGCCACAGCACUUGAACGUGCUUCAGUCUGCUAUAGGAAUGCAGGAGAUCCAAAAAAAGCAGCGAAAACCUUGGUGGAUGCUGCUGGACACUACGAACAAAUUGGGAAUCUUUUCCAUGCAGCAAAAGCACGUGAAGGUGCAGCUAUGCUGUUGAGAGAUGCUGGUGACACAGCGCAGUCUUUUCAACUCUUCGAAAGGGCUAUUGAUCAGUAUGCCGAAUCGGGCAGCUUGGACACAGCUGCAAUGACUGUUGACAAAUCUGCUAAAGUUAUAGUACAAGCGGAGCCUGAACAAGCGAUCAAGUUAUACGAAAAAGGCCUUGCACUCGUGCAACAAUCCGAUCGUUCGAAGAUGGCCGGGGAGUUUUUGAGCCACAUUACAAGGUUAAAUUUGAGAUUGGAACGCUAUGAUGCGGCUGCGAAAGCCAUUCAAGAGGAAAUUGAAAAAUAUAUUGAAGUCAAGGAACCUGGUCGUGUUGGCCAACUCACAAUAGCACUUAUUCUCGUCCAGUUAGCUCGAGGAGAUUCCGUAGCGGCUGCAAAAUGCUACCAAUGGGUUGUAGAACAGUGCGCUGAAUUUGAAUUCAAUGAUGAAGCAAGAGCUUGCCGUCAGCUAAUCGGUGGUUGGGAAGGCGGUGAUGAUGAGCAAUUCCAAAAUGUGUUGAAAGAUGGAGUAUUACGAAGUAUGGAUAAUGAGUAUCUACGGUUAAUGAAGAAGUUGCGUGCACCAGGAGGAGGAACUUCUGCAGUGGGUGAAGAAGGAGAGGAGGAAGACCUGAAUUUCAUUCGGAGAAUCUUUCACGUUUAUCUCCGAUAGCCACUCAUCAAUCUAUGUCAUACCUUUACUUAAGUUUAUGAAUGAAAUGCAAGUACCAUCCCUCAGAAUUCUCUCAUCCUGAUUAAUCAAACAUCUUCACUUCUAGUUCUCAGGUCAUUGUUUUAUAACACUUGGUAGUUCUUACAAGUCUUCCUUAUUCUUUGUGCACGUCUUGCAAUGUUAAGGGGAUAAUCGAGUGCCAAUACGCCUUUUACUGUAGAAGUAGACAUAAAAUCAUUACAUGUCCGGUGCAGUAAUAUGUGGUUGUGAUGUCUGGUGAUUGUAUUUAUUAGCUUGUGAUAAUAAAAUAUGAUUAGUCAG